GGGUGCUUCCCCUUCCCCUGUCUCGAGCCAUGGCCCCCGCGGCUUAGGCGCCUCCGCCGUCGCCGCUCGGAGCAACGCGGGGGCCGGAUGGACGGGGCCGCGGGGCCCGGUGAGGGCCCUGCUCAGGAGGCCCUGCAGUCCCUAAGUCAGAGACUCCGGGUGCAGGAGGAAGAGAUGGAGCUGGUAAAGGCAGCCCUGGCAGAAGCCCUUCGUCUGCUGCGACUGCAUGGUCCCUCUGCCUCCCUGCCGGACUCUGGCACACCAGCUCCUACCAGGGUCAGCAGCCCUGUAGCCCCCCCAGGACUGCCACCUACAUGCAGCCCUUCCUUGGUGAGCCGAGGCACCCAGACGGAGACAGAGGUGGAGAUGGAACCAUGCCCUGUACCCGCUGGCCUGAGCAAUGGGCCACCGGCUCCUCAGGGGGGCAAUGAAGAUCCUAGUGGGAUCCAGUCUGAAGGAGGAGGCAGCAGCAGCAGUGGGGCCGGCUCCCCUGGGCCCCCUGGAAUCCUCAGACCUGUGCAGCCCCUUCAGCGUGCUGACGCGUCACGUAGAAAUUCUUCCUCUUCAUCUCCCUCUGAGAGGCCCAGGCAGAAACUCUCCAGGAAGGCAGCUUCCUCGGCUAACCUGUUAUUGCGGUCAGGGAGCACAGAGAGCCGUGGAGGCAAAGACCCCCUCUCCAGCCCUGGGGGUCCUGGAUCUCGGAGGAGCAAUUAUAACUUGGAAGGCAUCUCAGUGAAGAUGUUCCUUCGUGGUCGCCCUAUUACCAUGUACAUUCCAUCUGGCAUCCGCAGCCUUGAGGAGCUGCCCAGCGGUCCACCCCCGGAGACCCUCAGCCUUGACUGGGUUUAUGGGUACAGGGGUCGUGACUCUCGCUCUAAUCUGUUUGUACUGCGCUCUGGUGAGGUGGUCUACUUCAUCGCCUGUGUGGUGGUGUUAUACCGGCCUGGGGGAGGCCCAGGGGGUCCUGGUGGUGGCGGCCAGAGACAUUACCGGGGGCACACAGACUGCGUUCGAUGCCUUGCUGUUCACCCUGAUGGUGUCCGUGUAGCCUCAGGACAGACGGCUGGAGUGGACAAGGAUGGAAAGCCCCUGCAGCCUGUGGUUCACAUUUGGGACUCAGAGACACUCUUAAAACUGCAGGAAAUUGGACUGGGGGCCUUUGAACGUGGUGUGGGGGCCCUGGCAUUUUCAGCAGUGGAUCAGGGUGCUUUUCUGUGUGUGGUGGAUGAUUCCAAUGAACACAUGCUGUCCGUGUGGGACUGUGGCCGGGGAACGAAACUGGCUGAGAUCAAGAGUACAAAUGACUCAGUUCUGGCAGUUGGCUUCAGCCCUCGUGACAGCAGCUGUAUUGUCACCAGUGGGAAAUCUCACGUUCACUUCUGGAACUGGAGUGGUGGAGCAGGGGUUCCUGGGAAUGGGACCCUCGCCCGGAAACAGGGUGUUUUUGGGAAAUACAAAAAACCCAAGUUUAUCCCUUGCUUUGUGUUCCUUCCUGUUGGAGACAUUCUCACUGGAGACUCAGAGGGCAACAUUCUCACCUGGGGCCGCAGCAUCUCUGAUUCCAAGACUCCAGGCAGGGGCGGGGCCAAAGAGACCUACGUGAUUACAGCCCAGGCCCAUGCUCAUGAAGGUUCCAUCUUCGCCCUGUGUCUCCGGCGGGACGGGACAGUAUUGAGCGGUGGUGGGCGGGACAGACGGCUAGUACAGUGGGGGCCUGGGUUGGUGGCUCUCCAGGAGGCUGAGAUUCCAGAACACUUUGGAGCAGUGAGGGCCAUUGCUGAAGGCCUGGGCUCUGAGCUUCUGGUGGGAACCACAAAGAAUGCAUUGUUGAGGGGAGAUCUGGCCCAGGGCUUCUCCCCUGUAAUCCAGGGCCAUACAGAUGAGCUCUGGGGACUCUGCACACAUCCCUUCCAGAACCGCUUCCUCACCUGUGGCCAUGACCGGCAGCUCUGCUUAUGGGAUGGGGAGGGCCAUGCACUGGCCUGGAGCAUUGACCUAAAGGAGACAGGUCUUUGUGCUGACUUCCACCCCAGUGGGGCCGUUGUGGCUGUGGGACUGAACACAGGGAGGUGGUUGGUUUUGGACACAGAAACCAGAGAGAUUGUGUCUGAUGUCACCGAUGGCAAUGAACAACUCUCAGUUGUCCGGUAUAGCCCAGAUGGGCUGUACCUGGCCAUUGGUUCCCAUGACAACGUGAUCUACAUCUAUAGUGUUUCUAGUGAUGGUGCCAAGUCCAGCCGCUUUGGCCGAUGUAUGGGUCACUCCAGCUUCAUCACUCACCUUGACUGGUCCAAGGAUGGGAACUUCAUCAUGUCCAAUUCUGGAGACUAUGAGAUUCUUUACUGGGACGUGGCUGGAGGCUGCAAGCAACUAAGGAAUCGCUAUGAGAGCCGAGACCGGGAAUGGGCUACCUACACUUGUGUCCUGGGCUUCCAUGUCUAUGGUGUGUGGCCAGAUGGCUCCGAUGGGACCGACAUCAACUCCCUGUGCCGCUCCCACAAUGAGCGCGUGGUGGCCGUAGCUGAUGACUUCUGCAAAGUUCAUCUCUUCCAGUACCCCUGUGCUCGUGCCAAGGCGCCCAGUCGCAUGUACGGGGGCCAUGGCAGCCACGUGACCAGCGUCCGGUUCACGCACGACGACUCAUACCUCGUCUCGCUAGGCGGCAAGGAUGCCAGCAUCUUCCAGUGGCGGGUGCUGAGUGCUGGGAGCCAAGUGCCGGCUCCCGUCACGCCCUCUCGAACUCCAUCCCUGUCCCCAGCCUCCUCCCUAGAUGUGUGAUCCGCCGCUGGACAGGAUCGGCUGGCCCUGCAGUGUGGCCACACCCUGCCCGAAACCCCCAGAAUCAAGGGCAAACCUCGCCUGAGCUGACUUCGAUACAUUCCCGAUCGCGCAUUUCUCUGGAGGGGGCGGUUGUGAAUCGUUCCCUUGCACACACUGUACAGGCCCGCUGGUUGAGCCAGGCAGCCCCCACCUGGGCUCUGACUCCCGUUGCCUGCUGAGGGGCAAUAAAAAGAAAACAAAGUC